AUGCCGACUUCUGGUUAUCUUGACAAGAUGAUGUCAAUCUUUAGCUGCAUUGUACGCAAGAAGAGAAGUACUGUCUCAGGGACCCAAAACCCAGAACCCAAUCUCAAUUCCUUCAUGGAGCAGAGUAACAACAGCCGCCAUAAGAUUGCUGAUCAGAAUGUGGCAAAUAAUACAGCAAUUGUUACUGAUCAUCAGGAUGAAAAUCGAGAAUCCGGCCAUAUUAAAUCUUCGGCCCAACCGAACAACAUUGAUCAUCAGGGCGAUGAUGGGAAUUCGGGUUCUUCUUCAAUAAUCAGUAACAAUGUCACUCCCGGAGAGCCUAGUAAUCAGGAAAUCCCGAAAAACGGAAAACGAAAAGCUAAUCAGGCGAUCUCUCCAAAGCCUCCAGGAUCAAUCACCAGAGCUAGAUAUGAAGUUGGCUCACAGGCUGCAAACAUAAUCACAAGAUUAGAAAAGGAUGAUGGAAAAUCAGAACAGAAGGAAAAGGCGAAAGAAUCGAAUACUAUUUCAGAGCAUAAGACAAGAAAGAAUCCUGAAUUGCAAGAACAGGGGAAAGGUAAGAAAGCUGAAUCUAGCAACAGAACAACUCAUCCACCAACCAAAACUCCUUCAAAAUCCAAUGAGCAUAAUAGCGGAGUCGAAUCGCCUGAACCCGUCUACUAUAUCACAUGGAAUGGUUACGAAGACGAAUGUGAAGCAGUAUCAGGGGAGAUCUGCUCCUUAUGCCAAAGAGAUAUAUCUUCCUCAGAUUCAGGAACAGAGGGAAGCCAAGUACCUGGUGAUGAAUAUGGUUUUUUCUUUGAGCAUAUGAGUCUUCGUCCAGUUGGUGUUUUAGCUUGUGGUCAUUUCUUUCAUGUUCAGUGCUUGGAAAGCAUCACACCUGAUGAUCAACUUACUGACCCUCCAUGCUUCUUGUGUUUGAGUUUGAGCUGCAGUUGA